UCCGAUGCGGCCAACACUUUACUUGUACUUCUCUUGGCCUCCACUUCUCGCGAGACCGGCGGUGCCAUAGAAACGGUAACCAAAAUAGACGCUGCCCUCAGCAGGACCUUAGCAGUCCUGUGUCUCAAACAAUACACAAGGAAGUGGAACCGGAGGUGACAGUUUGUAAAAGCCCAGGCAGAACUGGAGCAGUCUUACCAGAGUCUCCAGCCAGAGCAACCAUGAACUUAAAUGACUUUGUGGUCAUCCCAAACACCAAGGCCAAAUCUACCAAGCUCAAUGGGAGGAAGUUGCAGGAGCUCCGUAUGGAGACGGUCACUCUGGCCCAGGAGAGUGAAUGGAUGGAGCAAAGACUCCAGCAGCUGAAAGAGAGCAUGAUCAGGGAGAAGCAGGAAAGAGGGCGACCGGAGGGCUAUAGAUGGAAGUCUGGGAAGGCCGGCACGAUGACCAACCCUUCCAGUGCCAAUAGGAACAAGGAGUACCCACCUCAGACGCAGCUUGCACCAGGCCGGCUGAAGAUCAGACUGCUGAAAGAAGAGCCUCUGAAAGCCCCUGUUCCUCCCGCCUGCCAGCCCACCCCGAGUCACGCCAGCGGAAGGAAGCAGAGACUCAGAGGAAAGAUCUGUGGACAGUGUGAAGUCAUGGCCGCCGGACUGGCGUGUCCCGAAUGUGGAGAGGACUACUGCGUGGGCUGCUUUGCCAAGUUCCACCAGAAGGGGGCACUGAAGCUCCACAGGAUGGUCCCCAUUCAGGCGGAGCUGCAGACCCACGUCAGCGCUCUGGCCGUUGUCAGCAGCUUCCGCAGACAAGUUAACCCCGGCGCGCGGCCCCGGGCCCCGGCCCCCACCAAAGCGCCCACUUACUCCACGGCGGAUCGAUACCUCAUUCCCGGACCCCAUCUCCACGCUGACUCCCACGGGGGGAACCAUCACCAACCCCAACCCCAACCGCCCCCCCCGGGCCCCCGGCGACCCGGGGGGGACACGGAUCCACCGGCCGCCGCGAGCGGAAGGAGCAGGAAGGCUAAGGGAGAGGGGCGGAGUCCCGAGCCGACCAGGGGGUGGGACAGACCUGCCGACCCCGCCCUUUAUCACACCGAGGUGAGUUCGGAAACACCACACACACACACAUACACACGCACACAAACACACACACACACACACACACACACACACACACACACACACACACACACACACACACACACACACACACACACACACACACACACGCAGAGCUUUGACCGGCACGUAAACCAUGCAGGGGAUGGAGGGGACCAAGGGGCGACAGACACUGAAGAGGAGGACGAGGAGGAGGAUGACGGCAGCGGUGAUGGCUUUGACGAUGAAGAUGACGAAAGAGAGAUGGAGGAAGGACAGGAGGGAGUGGAGGGCAUCUCCCUUCUGGACGGAGUGUAUGAUGAAGAGGACUCGGCCCUGGGCUUCCAAAAGGCUCUGAGGGAGUGGAGGGGCCAGGGGACAGGAGAGAGGAGGAGCAGCGGAGGAGGAGAGCAACAUGACGAAAGAGGCUGGAGCCCCCCCGAGGACCCUCCAGUGGCUAUGGCAGCCAUAGGAAACCAGGCUGGCCUUCCACUAUACAGGGGACCAGAAGGAGGGGGUGGAGGAGGUGGAGAAGGUAGAGGAGGAGGUGGUGGAGGAGAAGGUGGGGAGCGAGUGCCCGUCAAUGUGGUAUUCCAGGACGACAGCCUCUGUUAUCUUGACAGACUGCUCCUCAAGAAUCACCGCAGAACACCAAUCAAACUGCAUCGACUGAAUGCAGACCCCGGCCUCGAUUCAACAUCGCUGGCUCACACUCAGGACGGGGGGGCGGACCGCACCCUGACUGCGGAAGAUGAGGACUUCCGACGCUACUAUGCAUCAUUGUUUGCUGUCCCCACCACUAGGGGCAGUGUGGGACCCACAAGCAACUCCCCUGUGUCUUGCCUCACCAUAGAAGUGCUGAAUGAGAGUAGCGAGGAGUUACCAGAAACCACUGGUGGUGAACCAACCAUCGACCGCAGCGCAAUGCGUCCUUCCGGGCAAUGUUGCUCCAAUAAAGAAAGUGAAGCAGGCGCCCCGGUCGGCCCCCUGCAGCUUCACUCUUUUACCUCUGGUCGGUCGGGACCUGCAAAGCACUCGUCAGCGUCAGCAGAUUCUACAGAAUACAGAAGUCUUCGUACACAGCUUUCUACAAAACAGUUCUCGUCGUCGCACGGCCCUACAGGCGCUUAUCCGAGGGCGGCCGAGACGACUACAGAGUCGCCCCGGAGACCUGCCUCAACGUCACGAGGGUCCCCCAUUCCUCCCAGCGCCAGAGUCCACGAAUCACAGGCCCCCGCGCCGUCGUCUCCCACCGCCUCCCUGCGUCUCUCCAGCCGAUCCCUCCCCCCCUGCCCCGCCGCCUCUCCCCUCUGUCCCAACACCCGGGGGUCGCCUCCCCCCACCCACCUCUCCCUUCGCUCCACCUUCACUCUGACGCCGUUGACCUCCGUCGACGUAGCUCUUCUUCCCGGGCUUGACCCGGAGACUCUUCCCCCGGCGGCGGCGGCGGCGGCGGGCGUAGAGGGGCCGGCGUCCCGGGCCGCCUCGUCCCUCAGAGGGUCCGCGGCCUCGGCCCUCUCACCCGGGCGAUGGCGCUCCACGCACCCCCUGCCCCCUGUCCCCCCGGUUUCAUCCGAUCCAGAGGAGCGCCCCCCCACCGUCACCUCACCGCCAACCGGGGGGCCUCCCUCCCACCUCCCUCCUUCCCCCGAGGUACAAACCCCCAGCCCCAGUCCUCCGAAGCGGUCAUCGCCCUCACCCCUCCCGCCCAGCGGCCUCACGGACCAGGGAGGCAGGCCAGUCAGCCAGGGGGGCCGGAGGUCAAGCGGCUCGUCUGUGAACCACCCGCCCGCUCCGGCUCCUUUCACACCGGGGACCGCUGCUGAACCCUGGCGGGUCCGCACGUCCACACCUGAUCCAGAGGAUCCAUUGGUUUCCCGUCCCUCUGACCUCGCGCGCGGGGGCCGAGGUUCAAGCCUUCCGUCCUAUCCAGAUCUACACUGUUUCCAGGACGAUCCCCCGAGCCGUGAUAGUGGCAGACCCGGAGGCUUCAUCCAAACAGACGAGGAGACAUCUGGAACUGGGGACGCCGAGGAUGACAUGUCUAUCGACAGCCUGGGACUGACGCUGCAUGACGGAGCCUCCUCCGAUGAAGACGAGAUGGAGGAGGACGGUGGGGGGUCAGGCGAGUGGCGGUUGAGGGAUGAGGACCUCGUCCGCGCCUCUAUCGCAACAUCAGAAGGUUCCCUGGUUCCUGAGGGCUCUGGAUCAGAACAAGAGCCAGACGCAGAGACAGGCGAGGCCGGGUUCCAGUCAAAGCCGUCCAGGGCGCUGCAAGCCUUGGCCCAGAGAGCUUCCUCUGGUCAGGAGCGGCGUGGCGGCGGCCUGGAUGGGUUCCUGACUCUGGGUUUGGACCUCCAGUCCACCAGCUACGGCGGUCCUCCGGAACACACAGAGCCCAACGAGGAGAACCAGCGGGACCCAAUGCAGCCGCCGGGCCCAGACACAUUCCACACAGGGGCAGUGAGCUGGAGGCCCAGUAGUAGUCUGCGAGCCCGUGCCCAGGAACACCUGGUUAGCACCGUGAUGAAGGACAGCCAGAGUCGGCCAACCGGUGUUCAGCAUCGCUCUGCCCCGCCCACUGCGAGAAGAGACAUUUCUACUUACAAGCCAGGAUUAUCAGGAUCACCACGGUACCCCCUCUCUGCUCGGUCCACCUCGGCCCGGCGCCCCGCUCCGGCAGAGGAACACUCCCCCCUCUUCUCUCUCUCUCCUCUCCCUCCCCCAACUCUCUCCCGCCUCCCUCCCCCCUCCCUCUCUGGCCCGUGCUCCGGGGGCGUGUCCUUGCGGCCCGUGUCCCGCGCCGCCCAGGAGAUCCAGGACAUCUGCGGUGUGGACCGGGCGAGCGGAGAGGACCCCAGGGAGGACGCGGACGCGGACGCCCUGACCCGUCUGGAGGAGGAGCUCAGACUCAUGGUCCAUGAUACAAGCGCUCGGCCCGCGUUAAUAAGGAGCGCAGGCCACGGAGCACAAGGCCAGCGGAGGACUAAAGAUCUGACAUGGGGCGGAGUCAGUGAGGAGCAGAAACAGGAGGAAGAGGAAGUGGCGAGAGAUCACCAGAGUGUCUUGUCACUGCCUUGAAACACGGCGAGUCAGAUAUGGAUGAACCGGCAUGUGGAUGUAUGCAUGCACACACACACACACACACACACACACACACACACACACACACACACACACACACACACACACACACACACACACACACACACACACACACACAAACACACACCUG